GGGGAGGGAACACACCAAACACCCCCCCUCAGCACCGGCAGUGCAGGUCCCGACAGGGGCAAGGCCCAUAGGGGAACUACCCACAGUUGCAUCAGGGGGAAUGCCCCUGACGGCAGGGGGGAGCACCGGGGUGGUAGAGUCAGGUACACCGCCAGCCACGGGGGGUCGGAGCGUAAGGAGGGAGAGGCCCCCAAAAAGGACGAGGCGGCUAAGCCACUACCGAUAUCAGACGCGGCAAAGGGCAACACAUAUGUGUGCUUUGAAGGCCCCCUGGGAGCUCACCUAAAACCUGAGACGAGGGAAAAAAUUUGGAAGAAGGAAUACAUUGACAUCUUCACAUUACUUCCCCUUGAAAGAUUUAACAUAGAAAAAUGGGAAAAAGGGAAAGAGCACCGUAAGGAGGAGGAUGAGGAUAGGAGGAGAUACAGGCUGAUCCCCAGAACAUUUGGGAAUUGGCUGCAGGCAUUUGCUAUUCUGGGUAGCGUUAUAGGGGAAAAGUCACCUGAGAGUUGUUCGGGUCUGUUUUGUUACCUGGACACGAUUUGGGAAGCGCAUAGGGUCUACGGGGGAACCGCAUGGCUUAAAUAUGACGAGCAGUUUCGUCAGCGCAUGUCGGUGUGGCAGUCCUUAAAGUGGGACCACAGGGACAUAGCCCUGUGGCUGAGGCUGAUGACGGCUCAGAAAGCCCAGCAUACUCCAGCUUUUUCUAGUCUAGGUCAGAAUCCCUUUCCAGCAGGCGCCGGCGGGCCCACCAGUGCGGGAUCGCCGGCUACCCCGAAAAAGGGAGUGUGCUGGCAAUAUAAUGAAAGUCAGUGCAAAUGGGGGGGGAAUUGCAAGUUCAAGCAUGAAUGCUCCGGUUGUGGGGGGGCCAAUCACCCUGUCACUAGAUGUUAUAAAAGACAAAGGCCAGGAGGCGCAAAGCCAGGAGAGGGUUUUGGAAAAAGGGAGGAGUCCAGUCAGGGUAAAUGAGAUGUCACCCUGGCUGGCAAUAUACCCUGAUAGAAAGAAGGCCGAGUUAAUCAGGGAGGGGUUUUUGGUUGGGUUUUGUAUUCCAUUUCAGAGUGGGGCGGGGGGGCAAGAUUGCAGGAAUUUGAGAUCAGCUUCGGAGCACCCGGAGGUAAUUAGGAAAAAAUUGGCUACAGAGGUAGAAUUGGGCAGAAUGGCCGGACCAUUUAUGGUUCCACCCGUGCCAAACCUGCGCCUGUCACCGCUAGGCGUGGUGCCCAAAAAGGAGGCAGGCAAAUUUCGCCUGAUACAUCAUCUGUCUCAUCCACAUGGCUCCUCAGUCAACGAUGGGAUAGAUGAGGAGACGGCUCAUGUAACAUACACCUCCUUUGAUGUGGCAGUGCGCCUGGUGAGGACCUGCGGCCGGGGUGCCCUUAUGGCGAAGGUCGACAUCGAGUCGGCCUUUCGUCUCUUGCCAGUACACCCAGAUUGCCAGCAUUUGCUAGGGUGUAAAUUUGAGGGCAAGAUUUAUAUGGAUAGAUGUUUACCAAUGGGCUGCUCUAUUUCGUGUGCCCAUUUCGAAGCUUUCAGCUCCUUUUUGGAGUGGGUGGUGAGGUUAGAAACUGGAUCCAGGGCAGUCAUUCACUACCUGGACGAUUUUCUAUGUGUUGGCAAGCCGGGGACGGAGGAGUGUAGGAUUAUACUUCAGGUCCUACUAUCAGUGUUUCGCAGGUUUGGAGUUCCCGUGGCUAUGGAAAAAACAGAAGGCCCCUCACGCAUCCUCAAAUUCCUGGGGAUUGAGAUUGAUUCAGACAAAAUGCAGUGCAGACUACCCCAAGAAAAGAUUGUAGAUUUAAAGCUAGUGCUAAAUUUCGCAUUACAGCAAAAGAAGGUGACACUUAGGCAACUGCAAUCACUCCUGGGGAAAUUAAAUUUCGCUUGCCGCAUAAUGCCCAUGGGGAGGGUUUUUUGCCGGAGGUUAGCCCAAGCUACAGCAGGGGUGGAGAAGCCGCACCACUUUGUGCGGCUGAAUAAACAACACAAGGCAGACCUGGUAGUGUGGCAGAGGUUUCUGGAUAAGUACAAUGGAUGUUCAUUUUGGCUAGGGGACAGUCAGGACAACGGGGAGUUGGAAUUGUUUACAGACGCAGCCGGUGCGUUCGGUUUUGGUGCCUUCUUUCAAGGACAAUGGUGCAUGGGGGAGUGGCCACGGGAGUGGCAGGAAGGGCAGCUUAUAAAGAACUUAGCGUGCCUGGAGCUAUUCCCAAUCGUGUUGGCAGUAGUGGUGUGGGGGAAGGAGCUGGCUAAUAAAGCGGUCAAUUUCCACUCGGACAACAUGUCAGUGGUUUCGGCUAUUAACAAUUUAUCUGCCUCCUCCCCACCAGUGGUCAACCUGUUAAGGGUGUUGGUACUCAAAUGUCUAGAUCAGAAUAUUUGGUUCAGGGCCACACAUGUGCCAGGAGUUACGAAUGAUAUAGCCGAUGCUAUCUCUCGUUUUCAGCUGGAACGGUUCAGGCAGUUGGCUCCGAGGGCAGCCGAGGCCCCCACCCCUUUCCCAGACUUCCUAUGGAGGAUCCCGUUCGAUACCUGGCAGGUUCAAGGCGAUGUAUGGUGUGGGUAAUGGGACAUUCCUACAUUUUUUGGGCGGAACAACGUGCAGGGUUACGUGAAAAGGGUAGGCGGUUCUGGCUCCCAGCGGAUGCAGUGGAAGUGCAAUGGCAUGGGAAAAGAGGUUUGUCAUGGUUGCAGAUCAGGGCCUGGAUAGAGGACAAGUUCCGUCAAGAGGGCCCCCAGAUGUUUUAGUGUUACACGCAGGGGGCAACGAUGUGGGCAAGAUCCCAAUGAGGGACCUCAUUGGGAGGAUGAAGCAGGAUUUGGUAAGAAUCCGGGCUAUGGCCCCUAGACUAGUGGUGAUAUGGUCCCAGAUAGUCCCCAGGUUGGUGUGGAGGGGGGCUAGAGACCUAAAAGCGGUGCAGAGGACAAGGGCAAAAAUUAAUGCAGCUAUGACGAAGUUUGUGCAUAAGGCGGGAGGAAUAGUAGUUAGGCAUGUAAUGUUGGAAAGAGACCCCAAGUAUUACAGACCUGACGGGGUACACUUGAACGGCCUGGGCCUCGAGGUUUUUAACUAUGGCCUUAGAGAAGGGGUGGAGGUGGCCAUUCAGGUGUGGAGGGGUAUGAGGGAUUGAAGGUGUGCAAGUCCCUCAUACUGUGGCGGGUCCCUGGCAAUGGGGAGAGUUAAUUAAGUGGAGUUUUACCAAGUUGGUUAAUAGAACUUGGUUGGUGGUGUUCCUCUCUAAGAGCGGUGGUCUCUGGGAGGGUAUGUUGUAUUGGGGGUAGCAUGCAGUCCUGCGUACCCAUCAUGCUAGAAGGCACAAGCGGCUGGUGGUUUAACGAUUGCAUGUACCUAAUUGGGUCCAUUGCCAGGGGCCUUGCAGAGGAUAAAAUGUUAAUGGUAUUUCACUGUCAUAUUUGUAUGUUUAUAAUGUUGUUAAUAUAACAGUUAUUGAUAUAUGUGUUAUCUAUUGUUAAAUGAUCUGUUGUGCAAUAAAGCUGUGGACAUAAAGACUCCAACAAAUAA